UUGAAACUUCUCACGAAGACUUGUUCUCAGUUGCGUUGUGUUGGGUCUUCGUUUCCUUAUUUAUUGUGGUUGGUUAGACUAGGUUGAUGAUCGGUGAGGCGAGGUGAAGCAGAGAAAAAAAAUGGCAUCGCAGCAGCAUAUCGAGAAGAUGCAGCUUCGCCAGAACUUCCGCAAUUUCUGGCACACUGAUCUAUUCACUACCAUUCAAGCUGACACUCCUUAUUGUUGCUUUGCUCUCUGGUGUGCACCGUGUGUAUCAUAUCUGCUGCGUAAACGAGCUCUUUAUAAUGAUAUGUCAAGAUACACAUGUUGUGCUGGUUACAUGCCCUGCAGCGGUCGCUGUGGAGAAAGCAAAUUUCCUGAACUCUGCCUCGCUGUGGAGGUUGUCUGCUGUUUUGGAAAUUCAGUGGCUUCAACUCGGUUUAUGUUACAAGAUGAAUUUAACAUUCAAACUACGCAGUGUGAUAAUUGCAUCAUUGGUUUCAUGUUUUUCCUUCAACAACUAGCCUGCAUAUUUUCUAUCAUUGCUUGUAUUGUGGGAAAUAGUGAACUUCGAGAGGCUUCCCAACUACUAUCCUGCUUGGCUGACUUUGUCUACUGCACGGUGUGUGCCUGCAUGCAGACUCAGCAUAAGAUUGAAAUGGACAAGCGUGAUGGAAAAUUUGGACCCCAACCAGCAAUGGGCGUUCCCAGUGCUCAACAAAUGUCACGUUUUGAUCAGGCAGUUCCUCCUUUUGUUGGGUAUUCACAUGCCUAAGAACGCUUCCUCCAUUUAUGGUUGGGUUGCAUUUCCAUCAACUUCUUAUUCAUGUGAACACCAUACUUAAAGACUGUCUUCUGUGUAUUGCGUUUGCGUUGCUGUCAUAUAAUUUUGAGUAAAUCCUCGUUUAGUUUCUGAAUUUUUACAACGUUGUUAUUACCUUAUCUUAUUAUGUUAGUCUUGAAAGUCUCGUGUCUGUUAGAAAUAUCAUUACUGUUAAUUUUAUUAUAAGAUUGAUUUAGACUCAGUUUUAUUUUUUAA